AUGGUCUUCUCCCGCGACGAAAUGAUGGGACCCACGGGCAACCCCCGCGUCAUGGUCCUCCAGGCCGAGGUCGCCCGCCUCGAGGCCGAGCUGGGCCCAGAUUGCGACGCCGACGCGAUUGUCCAGCGGCACAUCCGCCUCCUGCACACGUACAAUGAGAUCAAGGAUGGAACACAGGCACUCAUCGGCAAGUACGCCAACCUCACGAACAUGACUGUUACGGCUGUGCACCAGGAGCUCGACCUCUCGCUCGUCGAGUGA